AAGAGGGUUAUCUCCUGUCCGAAGCCUUUCGGCAUGGUAAUUAUAAUAAUGUUGGUUAGGUAGUAAUUACUGGAAGUAUUUAAUCUCUCGGGAUUCUUUACUUCAUCACGGAGGCCUACCUAUGCACAUUGUGAUCGUUUUACAAGCCGUUGCCGGUGCUCCCAUAACUUCAUCGUUCACCCACAAUGCGUUCCUUAAUCUGGAUGGCCGGCGUGUGUGCCGCCUCACAGCAAUUAUUGCCACAAGCUCCGGGUAACACAACUACACCGUUACGUCCGAGUCAAGAUCCGUGGUAUACGACACCCGCUGGCUUUGAGACCGCAGAACCAGGAGAAAUCCUUCGGAUUCGUUCUGCGCCAGGAAAUCUCACCUCCAUCAUCGGCAAUGCCACCACUGCCUACAACAUCCUCUAUCGUACCACAGACUCGCGCUAUCAACCAUCUUGGGCUGUCACCACGCUUAUCAUCCCUAAUGUUACCUACGUCUCGCCUUCCGGUAGCAAGGCCUUGCUAUCAUACCAAUUUGCCUAUGACUCAGCUGCAAUUGAUGCCAGUCCUUCUUAUGGCCUCUACAAUGAGCUCUCGCAGGCGUUCCCUACUCUCGGAAUUCCGGCAAGUACGGACCUCGUCGCCGAGCUACUCGGCCAGGGUUGGAUUAUAAAUACACCCGAUUAUGAAGGUUUCAAUGCUUCGUUUGGAUGCACUAUUCAAUCAGGACAUGCUACUCUCGACUCUGUACGCGCCGUACUGAAUUUAGCCCGCCUGACUGAUUUUGGUAACGUCACAGCUGCUAUUUGGGGCUACAGUGGUGGCAGUCUGGCCACUGAAGCAGCUGCCGAGCUACAGGUGCAAUACGCCCCUAACCUCGCUAUUGCUGGCGCUGUGGUUGGGGGACUUCCCGCUGAUUUACCCGCUGAUCUCCACCUGUUCAAUAAGAGCCCCCUCUCUGGCGAUUUAGUGGCUUUAUUAGUGGGUUUGACUACCCAGUACCCCGACGCUGAUGCGUACCUGCAAAGCCGUCUGCACCCGGAAAAUGCGAGUGAAUUCUAUAACGCAAAGACUAUGGUAACAGGCGAGGGUAUCAACUUCUUUUCUAUGAAGGAUAUCUAUGACUACUUCAUAGGUGGUGUAGAGGACUUGCAGGCACCGGUAUUGCAAAAGGUCUUCGACACGGAAGGGAAGCUAGGGUAUCAUGGAGUGCCGACCGUGCCCAUGUUUUUCUACAAGGCCAUUGGUGAUGAGUAUUGUCCUGUCAACGAAACGGACGCAGUGGUAAAUAAGUAUUGCGGCGUGGGCGCCGACAUAACGUACGAUAGGAAUACGGUGGGUGGGCAUGUUGCAGAAAUCACAAAUGGACAGGACAGGGCGAUCAAUUGGCUCUGGAGUGUCUUCAAUGAAUCGUACGUGUCUCAUACGUUAGGAUGCACGAUUCGCAAUGUUACAGUCAACAUUACCAGCUCGCCCUCGUAAUUUAGGGACAAGAGUCGAAAAUAAUAGGUUUUUAGGCACCUAGAUAACUAUCACAUAGUGGAAUAUCCAAUGUAAUUACAGGAAGUAUCCCCAA